CAUCAGUAGUAUGCUCUAAGCAAAUGAUCUGUCAACACGAUUUCCAUUGACACGGAUUAUAUUUAUUUUAUAAGAUAAUCCCACGAAUUCUACCCGCGAGUGUAUCAAACUACAAGGUCCAACUGCAAACUCCAAAAUGCGUUUACCCAACGUGAACCUAAAACUGUUGCCUUUCAAAGCGCAUUUUUUCCUCAUGAAUGGCGGCACCACGCCGCUAACACCAUACCUGACCACCAUAGCAAAACAACGCGGCUACUCUGCCCGGCUAGUGGGCGCUGUUUUCUCAGUGCUACCCCUCGCCGCAGUGUUUGCUCGUCCUCUUUUUGGUGCUGUGGCCGAUCACUUCCGAUGCCAAAAGGCCAUGUUCCUGUGCUUCAUAGUCGUAGUCACUUUGAUAACCACUUCCUACGAACUCCUACCCGACUCACCGGCGGACGUUGACAACGGGCGGGAUGAAACAGCGUUGACCACUCACCAGUUCUGGUUAUUUUGCGCUUUCUUGAUGGCCAGAUAUGUAACAAUCAGCAUCGUCACAACUUUAUCGGAAACCAUGUGCUUGCAAAACUUGGGUAAAGACACGCACAAAUUUGGACAACAAAGAUUGUGGGGCUGUGUUGGUUGGGGUUUGGUGUCUAUUAUAGUGGGUUGGUUGAUCGACUGGUACAGUAGUGGAAGUUCGAUCAAAGACUACACACCUGGAAUUAUCGUAUCAACCGUUUUCUUGUUGGCAGACCUACUAGUUGCUUCUAAAAUUAACGAUUGUCAAAGUGAUGUUGUAUCAAAACAUAUUUUCAAAGAUCUCAGAAAAGUGUUCAAUAAUAUUAAAGUUGUAAGUUUUCUCAUUUGGGUAGUUUUUUUUGGAAUUUUUUAUGGAAGUAUUUCACUUUAUUUGUUGUGGCAUAUGGAAGAACUAGUUACAAAGUAUCACCCGGAAAAAUAUUCUUCAAUAAAAACAAUUGAAGGAAUACUGUUUGCUGUGAAAUGUUUUGGAGGUGAAAUGCCAUUUUUCUUUUUAUCUGGUAAAAUAAUUAAAAAAGUUGGUCAUCUGAAUUCGAUAGCAAUUGGUCUUGCUACAAUAUCUUUGAGAUUUUUUCUUUACUUUAUUAUCAAAGAUCCAAUGUGGAUAGUGCCCGUGGAGUUGCUUAGUGGUCUAGGUUUUGCGUUACCAUAUUCGGCAAUGACAUCUUAUGGAUCGAUUUUAGCACCAGAAGGACUUAAAAGUACCGUUCAAGGGUUAUUUAGCACAAUAUUUCAAGGAGUAGGUGUGGGUCUUGGAAGUUUUAUAACAGGGUACCUCUUCAACGAAAUAGGGAGCAGUAAUACAUAUCUCGUUUUGAGCAUAUUAGCAUUAGUCAUUUGUUGUAUACAGACUAUCACGAUCCGGAUUAUGGUUAAAACAACGAAAUCACAAGAAAAUAGUAAUAUCAAUACCGAAGCCUAAAGUGAAACUUUAAGAGGUUGUCAUACACAUAUGUGUUAUCUUUAAGGUUGUCAUACAAACGCAGAACAGUGAAUUUGAAUUAUAUAUUUUACUCUAUUGUUUUUAAUUACUUAAAACAUUUGAAGUAAAUUUUUUUAAAUUUAAAUUUUGAAGCAAAUAAUGUGCAAAAUGUAUAAAAAAUUAUAAUUUUACUUACAUCAA